CCGACCUUUUUUCCGUCCCGUGGUGUUGCUUUUUAUCGACAUGUGGUUAGCGAGACUCUGCUAUUGGUUAGUCAGAGAGGACAAGCAAUGGGAAGAAAAAGACGCAUGAAAAGGGAUGUACGAGGCGGACAGGAGGCAGACUGCUGCAAGGUAUUGUUUCUUCUCGCAACGUCGUCCGGCCUUGGAGCAGUGGUGGUCAUGAUUAGCUUCAAAGGUAACCAGAUCCCUGUUCUGUGGAUGGAUGGACGAACGUAGACCAAGUAAACUCUACCGCAGCCCAAAAAUGUGAACAGAAAUUAGCACGUGAAGCUGUCC